AUGGAAUAUUUCAACAUCAGCACCACAUGGAACGAAAGUUAUGAAGAAAUCUACAACAGCUUCAACUACUAUGAACACAACUAUUAUCUGUACUGCACCAUUGGCUGCUUUACAGGCAAAGAUGCAUUAAUCUUAUAUGUUUCCACAAUAGUCGUUAUCUGCAUCAGCCUUCCUUUGACCCUACUGGCCAUCUACUCACUGUCUUCUCUGGUCAGAAAGGAUCACGGUGCUCCACUCUACGUCAUCAACCUCCUCAUUUCUGAUCUGGUUCAGUUCCUCUGCAUGAUUAUUUGGGUGACUAAGAAGAAUGAGAAACUUAAAGAAACUUUAAUGAUCAUUUACUGUUAUUGUCUGUUGUCCAGUGUUGGCUUCAUGGUGUGUAUCUCCCUAGAAAGGUAUUUGUUCAUCGUCUGGCCGCUGUGGUACAGAUUCAGAAGAAACAUCAAGACCUCUGUGGUGGUCUGUGUCCUAGUCUGGAUCCUUCCUCCUGUUUUUUUCCUCCCAUUCUAUUACAGUUUGGGUUUUCUGAAGACACAAACCAUCGUAGGUGUCUACCUCCUCCUCCCUCUGUUCAUCUUCUUCCUGGGUGGGACUCUUAAAGCCCUGUCUGGAUCCAUCAGAGUCUCCUCUGAUGAAAAACGAAGAAUUGUGGCAGUUUUGGUCGUAGUGCUGCUUAUUUACAUCCUGCUGUUCCUGCCCACUGUCAUUAGGUUACUAGCAACUUGA